CCAAAAUUUACGCGCCCGCUGGUUGUGUUCAUGUCAUGGUCGUGUUGGUCGCAUCAAAUUUGACGCGGUCGUCCGUCGCAGGAAUUAAUGUUUGCCCGAAAUUUCUUUAGCUCAGUGUUUACUGAAAUCAUCCCAGUAGCGUGAGCUGUUAAUCGCCAGUAGCGUGAGCUGUUAAUCAGGUUGUUUGACUGCUGCGUAGUGCGACGGCUAUGGAGUCGAUGGACGACCAGGUUGUGUCUCGCAUUCGAAAAAAGCUGAACGGCGAAAGCGUGAAGCUGUGGCUGCCUCCUUUUACCGUCGAUGACAAGGAAGGUACCAUUCCUGAUACUUUAGUGGCGCGGUAUGCGACUGAAUUGCAGCUGGAUCCAAGUGUUGUGCUUGCUGCCCUCAAGCAACUGAGAUCUCAUGCCCUUGCGAAAUUGGCCGCUAAUCGGAAGUACCAAAGUACAGGCCUUGCUACUUUGAGAGUACGAAUAAUCAACUCUCGCCAGGAACAACGCAAGGAUUUUGAACUGAUUGAAGUUGUGCUUCAAGAUAGUGGUUGGAAGUUGCGAGAAAUAGUUGCUUCCAUGUGUGGAGUUGACCCAUCCAUGGUUAAAUUGAUUUCUGGUGGCAGAGUGAUCCAGAAUGGCAGUUCCUUACAAGAUCAAGGCAUCAGGCAUAAUGGGCAGUUGAUGGCACUGGUUCUUGUGGAAACUGCUGAUGAGGCAAGGGAUCGAGAAAGGCAGGAAGUCGAAUUGAAUAAAAUUCGUGAGGAUGCUGGCCUUCUGUCCUCUGUUGAUUCAGAUGACCCGAGCAGCAGAUAUUAUAUGCAGAUAGCUGACCAAUCCGGAAAGCCCAUUAAUCUCCCCCUGGCAGAAAGGAAGGCUCUUGGGGUUGCUAUGGUCCUUCAUGAGAAGGGUCGUGCAGCUUUGAAACGGAAAAAGUACAGCGAGGCUUUGCCACUGCUACUGGAAGCUGACAAAGAAUUUAGGACCUGCAAUUCUGAGCUGCUGACAAAUGUGGACAACUAUGCAUUGCUGUGCCUUGACAUUGCCUGGUGCUACCUCUCAUUGAGAAGUGUUGACCAACUGUUCGACGCUGAGGCACGACUCAAGGAAUGUGAAAAUGGGUUUCGUCGUUCCUAUGGCGAGAACCUGGAACGCCUCACUGCAAUCAAGGGUGGCUCAAACAAAGAGGCAGCACUCUUCUGCCGAUUACAUCUUCUGCAAGGUAUUGUGGCCUUUCAUCAGGAGCAUUACCCUCAGGCACGACAGUAUCUACAGAAGGCAGCUACUCUCAUUUCACAGCUCAAGCUUCACGAUUCGAAAUUGGCGCAGGUCAUGGCGAUGGGUUUCUCGGAAUCUGAUUCCCGCUUGGCACUGCGUUCAGUUAGAGGUGACGUGGAUCUUGCAGUGCAGCACAUCAUUACGCGGCAAGAUGAGAAGAAAGCGCAACAGGAAAAAGAACAGGAAAAGAGGAAGCUGGAGCUUCGGAAACGCAGGUUGGGAAAGACUUGCACCGGAGAGUGGGUUAGUGUGGAGAACUACGAUGCAUUGAAGGCAAUGGGCUUCCCUGCAACUAAUGCACGCCAUGCUCUGCAACGGGCCAACAAUGACAUAAAUGUUGCAAUUCAGAUACUCCAGCAGCCGCCGCAGCAGCCUUCUUCUGCUACAUCCGGCACUUCAGUUGCAUCUUCAUCUUCAGCAGCACAGUCUGUGUUGGGAAUGAAUCAAGCUGUUUGGGCUCAAUUAGCUCAGCAGAGUAUUUCAACUGAUAUGUGGGCCACAUUAACAAGACUCGGCAUUGACCUUGAGGUUGUCUGUGAGGCGCUGUACAGAAAUAAUGGUGACGUAGAUGCAACCCUCAGUGAACUCUUGGGGGACAGUGAAAAUGCUGAUGAUGAAAAGGAGCGGGAUGCAAUGCAACGGCUUGCGCAUGAUAUCGCUGUCAACGAAGAGGAUUUCCUUGAUGUGUCUCUCGAUGAAGAGUUUUCCUAUCUCAAGGAAUAUGAGGCAAAGCUAGCAAGCUUGGGCCAUUGAAUGUUCCUGAUGCCGCAGCUAGGACUAUUGUGCCAAUGCAUGGAUUCAAAUUGAUCGCCAUGUGAAUAUACAUUCCUGCUGCUGCCAUUUAAGUUCUGUUGUGUGAAUGCGUGGAGAGGAGUAUGCAUCAAAAUUUUGCUCUACUACCUGUCGUGUGACGCAAUACAUUAAAACCCAUUUUUAUAUGGCACUACCUCAGCUUCGAUAAUUCAGAACUGUGUCAUCUGUUCAUUUAUACAGAGGGACAAGAGUGUGAAAUGUAUUUUUAUAUUGUCUUUUCAGGACAGUCUUUUGUAUUAGUGUAAUAUCUGAAUUGCAUUAAGCACAAAUGUCGUGUUCUCUUUCUGGUAAAUCUGAUUUUACAUUGAUGCCAUUACAGAAAUGUGUUCAUAACUGCCAAUUUUUAUAGUGCCAUAGAUUUUUAAAGCCCAAGCUUCUGCGUUGCAUGCCAAUCAUGGCCCUGUGCUUCGCCGAUUCUUACGGUGGGUGUGACUCAUCACUGCACUGCCAUAUUGUGCUACAAGUUGCAUGUUGAGUGUUUUUUCACGGUCAUGAAACAAUGCUCAGGUGUGACGGAAGAGACAUGCUUGCAAGUAAUUUUCACCAAGGAGUAUUUUGUUUUGGACAAGCUUGCAACUAACUUUCCAUAAUUUAAGCAAUCUGAAAAGACUUAGUGAGGCACUUGUUGCGAAAGCCCUUUAGAUUUUCAUACAUUUCUGGCUGAAUUUUGUUGCACAUACUUGUACCUGAGGUUUUAGUGUUUACAUUGGACAUGUUGAUUUCUUUUUUUAAUUUGGUGCCCAUUUUUAUUUAUAUCAACUUCACUCAGUUUACUUGAGUGCAAAUUUUCUGUGAUACUGUUUUGUUAGUGUGCCAUGUCCAGCAUUGUAUUGUGUAACUACAACUUGAUGAAACGGGUUAGAAUGGUAGCUUGGGCUGCUUGGUGAUUGAAUAUUUGCAUGUUUGCUCAGCACAAACAGAUGGAGGACCUUGAAGAGGACGCACCACAGACACUGUAACUGUCCUCUCCUCUGUCUUAAUUUCAUUUGAACUAUGCAAGCAUGUCGAUAAUUGACAUUCUGUAGGGUGGGAACAUGUCACAGCAAUGUCUUGUGCACAUACCUUUUCUAAUAGACAGGCAAACAACUAGUGCCUCAAAUUUUAUGGUGUGACACAUACAUAUCAAAGGUUUUUACAAAUAUAGUGACAAUUGUUAGUGUUGCUUCUGUGUGCAUGUGGACCUGUCAUCUUCCUUCUUUUCAUGCUGGUCAGCGUUAAAUGUUGGUCUCCUUUUUUGUCCAUUGUGACAUGUUACCAAAGCACAUGUUUAUGUGAUACUGUUUUACCUGAAAGCAUCUCACAUAUAAUGUAAAAAAUUCAUUCCACUCAUUGUCUACAUGUUUGUUUUUUACUUGGUUUUAGAUUUGUUGCCACUGUUUAUGUGAACUUUAAUGUAGUCUCAUAAUUCAUAUUUUAGCCAUGUUUUUCAUAUGCCAUCAGAAAUGUAUGGUUACCAUCCAUGAUGUCAUGUUCUUGAAAGACUAUAAAGUGGCAUUUCUGAAAUGCUUUUCAUAUUUGCAAAAAAUAAAUAAUGGCAGCUUCGCAAAUAGUA